AUGUCGUUCUUCGGCCCAUCAUCUCCACCCAAAACCCGGCUAGGACUACACCAGAUCUUGUCUUCAACAGCAGCUGUCAAAGUGUCCCCUCUAGCCCUGGGAGGAAUCAGCAUCGGCGACUCCUGGUCAUCCGUCUUCGGCAAAAAUGAAGAAGCCUUCAAACUCCUCGACGCCUACUUUGAAGAAGGCGGCAACUUCAUCGACACGUCGAACGUGUACAACUCCGAGGACUCAGAACGACGUAUCGGAGACUGGAUGCACGAACGGGAUGUUCGUGAUCAGAUGGUCAUUGCGACGAAGUACACUGCUGGAUACAAGUUCUAUGAUCGUGAGAGACUGCCGUUCCAAUCGAAUUAUACCGGCAACUCGGCGAAGAGUAUGCAUAUUUCUGUGAGAGAUAGUCUGAAGAAGUUGAGGACUGAUUAUAUUGACAUUCUUUUCGUCCACUGGUGGGACUUUGGUACGAGCGUGGAGGAAGUCAUGAAACAUCUGCACGCUCUCGUGUUGGCGAGACAGGUUCUGUAUCUGGGAAUCUCCGACACACCAGCCUGGGUCGUCGUCAAAGCGAAUGCCUUCGCCAAAGCCAACGGCCUCACACCCUUCAGCGUCUACCAAGGCAAAUGGAACGCCGCUUUCCGGGACAUGGAGGCAGAGAUCAUUCCCAUGUGUCAAGAUCAGGGGAUGGCGAUCAUGCCCUGGGCCGCGCUGGGCGGAGGACAACUACUUUCCGCGGAGCAGCGGGAGAAGCUGAAAGAAGACGGUAAUGCUUCAGGACGACAGGCGAACAUCACCGAGAAAAACAUCCGCGUCAGCAACGCCCUCGAGAAACUCGCCACCGCCAAGAACACCACCCUCCAAGCCGUCGCCCUGGCCUACCUCAUCUCCCAAUCGCCAUACGUCGUGCCACUCGUAGGCGUGCAGACGGUCGAGCAUGUCACAGCCAUGUCCGCCACGCUGGACAUUCGAUUGACCGACGAGGAUGUCAAGUCGAUUCAUGAGGCGAGCCCGUUCGAUCCGCUGUUUCCCAUGAGCUUCUUGUUCAAUUUCAGGGGCGAACAGCCGUAUCAUCUGGGACUGACGGAGAGGGAUAAUCAGCAGUAUCAGAUGGCGGCGAGGAUUGGGGGGCCGCCGAAGCAGAGGCCUUACUGA